UUCUUUAUCAAUGCAAAAUGAGAGAAGCAAAUCCAGAAUUUUUCUUGGAUGCUGGAAACAUAUGUAAUUGCGUUACUCCACAAUCUAAAGAGUAGCUAAGAACAGUUAAUUCAUGAAUUUCAAGGAUCAUUGUCAGUAUAAACCAAAGGUAUAAAAUAAAAAAUAAAAUUACAGGGAUUAGUAUUAGGUAUGGGAUAAUUAUCCCCGAAGCACAUUGAUAUCGAUGUGUGCUCAAGCUUGCGACAUAUGGGCUUUAUCGAAAAUCAGACUUAGAGUUGCUGAUUAAGAAGGUGCCGAAACAAUGAAGUGCCAAUCGAAUUAAAUCUGUUUUGUUGUUUCAUUCUCUGCUUUUGGUGUCUUGGAAUUGAAGCGGUGAACUUUUUUGUUUGAAACGUUUCGGAGAGACCAUGACUGCUUCUCUCUCUUUCCUCUUCUUCCCUAUAGGUUGCUGCUACUGAUUUUUACUAGUCACCGCCGGAAUUGACCACUGGCUGGCGACGGUAUUACCCCCAUCGACGGCGAUUGUUCCACGCUAUUGAUACGCCAUCCCUCUCCUCCUUCAUUUCUAUUUCUUUUGUUUUGAUGUUGUUUUAACUGGUGAAAGUCCAGAUCUUCUUGUAUCUGGCCGGUUCUAGAAUUUUCCAGCGAGGUAUCUAAACGAAUGGAAUUCGGUCAGUGAGAUUUCUGUUUUCCGGCUAGCUGUUGUUACUGUUUUUAGGCUAAGACUUGUAUAAGUCAAUUUGUGGCUACCGAAUGAUAUAUGUUUGGACCGAUGGGCUAUAAAUGAAUUUCUCUCAGAGAUGCGCAUUAGCCUUAGCCAAAGUCUUUCGGUAACGUUUGGUCGUGAAAAACUCAAAACCCGAUUUUGCAAUUGGGCUGUGAAUCCAAAAAUCGGAUUUGCCUAGAUUCAGAAACUGGGCUGUAAAAUGGGGUUAGUUUCUGACUAGCUAGCUGUGGUUUAAUUGGCACGGGUAAUAAUCGGGGAUCUUCCAAGCCUCAGGUCGUACACAAUCUGUUCGACGAUUUGAUUCAAAGAGACUUCAGAUUUUCAUAUAUCUUUCAAUCGCUCUUUGUCCAUUCGUAUUUAAUAAAAAUCUGUCAGUGGGUUCACUUAACCACUUUCAGAGUCCUUAUUUUCUGCCUUAUUAUCAAUAUGUGUUGCGUUUGAAGUUUGAGAAAGAUGCUUAUAAAACGUAUCCUGUCAUCUUCUAUUUCUUCUUCAUAUGGUUUUUCAUCGUUGUCCACCUCCUCGAAUUUGUUAAAAAGCGGAAGCAUUUUAAAGCAAGCAAGGACAUUUUCAGAUGCUGACAUUAUUGAGUAUUCCAAGCUGACACACGACGCCAAUCCAUUGCAUUUUGAUGCUGAAUGCGCCAAAAAUGCUGGUUUUAGUGAUCGCCUUGUUCCUGGGAUGCUUGUCGCUUCCUUAUUUCCCAGGAUUAUUGCUGCUCAUUUUCCAGGAGCUGUAUAUGUUUCACAAACCUUGCACUUCAAAUUACCUGUUUAUAUUGGAGAUGAGAUCAUUGCUGAGGUACAAGCAUCAAGCAUUAGACAAAUGAAAAACAAGCAUAUCGCGAAAUUGUCAACAAAAUGUUUCAAAUGUGAUGGUCCUCUGGUAAUUGAUGGUGAGGCAACAGCAAUUUUACCAUCUCUGGUCAUGGAACCAACUCACUUGGCAAGUACUUCCAGCUAAUCGGAAAAACCUUUGCUUGUCAGCUAAAGCACCUGAAGUCGCACGAGCUUCUCUUAAAAUCCUAGCAGCCUGCAUAGUUGUCUGCUUAUUAUUAAGAAAUACAUAGGAAAUAUCCCCCAGUUAACUGCAAUCCUGGAUGGUAUGUCAUUCAGUUCAGAGCCUUUAGGUUAAGUCACCAGUUAGCAUUGUUCUGAGCCUUUAGUUUAAGUUACCAGUUAGCAUUGUUCUUGUUCACACAUAAAAAAGUCAUUUUUGAUUGUGGUACAUGGUGCCAAACGCAUUCCUUGCCCUAACACUUGUCCUUUGAGGUUGAAAGCGAUUGAGCUGUAAAAUCUUACUCUCUAUUCUGUUUUAUUUCACCUUCCUUGCUAGUUUAUUCUGAAAACAUUAAUAUAUUCCUAUUAAUGUAAGAAACUUUUCAUU